UGUGGCACAAGGCAUUCGGCGUACGGGGAGGGGAAGAAAAAAACGUACUAUAGAGCAAAUUACCCAACCCACCUGCCCCCGGCCACCGCGCUCUCCCUCUGCCUACCAUCUUCCCGGUCUCCCGUCUUUAUGUUAUGUUAAUCCUUCCGGCUUCCACAGUUUACCAAAAAAAAAAUUCCUUUCGUCUUCCAUUCUCGAUUGGCUUCGAGGCCGACCAACUCCCAGAUCCCCUUUUUCUAAAACCCUAAACCCUGGGAAGGAAAAAAAAAAAAAAUCUGAGAUGGAAUCCAAGCUCCAUUAGAUUCAUAUACACGCAGAGUUUUUGGUGGAGAAGGAGGGGAUGGAAGGUGGCAGCGAGGUGGUGGUGGUGGUGAAAGAGGAGGAGGAGGCGGCGGCGACAAGCCCGCGGCCGAUGGCGGGGCUGAACGAGGUGGCCCCACCGCCUUUCCUGACGAAGACGUUCGAGAUGGUGGAGGAUCCGGAGACCGAUGGGGUGGUGUCGUGGAACCGCGAUCGCAACAGCUUCGUCGUUUGGGAUCCCCACAAAUUCUCCACGGCGCUCCUCCCUAAAUACUUCAAGCACAGUAACUUCUCCAGCUUCAUCCGCCAGCUCAACACCUAUGGUUUUCGAAAGGUCGAUCCGGACCGAUGGGAAUUUGCCAACGAAGGAUUCUUAGGAGGCCAGAAGCAUCUCUUGAAGAACAUCAAGAGGCGACGAAACAUCGCCCAGAGCUCGCAACAGCAGCAUGAAACAGGAGCUUGUGUCGAAUUGGGGCAGUUUGGGCUUGAGACGGAAGCUGACAGGUUGAGGAGGGACUGCAACGUUCUGAUGGCAGAAGUUCUGAAGCUCAAGCAGCAGCAGCAGAAUUCUCAAGCACAGCUUUUCGCCAUGGAGGAAAGGAUUCAAGGCACAGAAAGGAAGCAGCAGCAGACUAUGGCUUUCUUGGGCAGAGCUCUCAAGAACCCGAUAUUUGUCCAGCAGCUUAUACUUCGCAUGGAGCAGAAGAAGCGGUUCGGGAGUGUCGGCAAGAAGCGCAGGUUGCCGGCGAAUUUAAGUUCAGAACAUCCACAAGCAACUGAAGCAGCGGAGAUCGAACUUGAGGUGGAGUCUCUGUUUUGCACAAUGAACAAUGAUUCAAGCAGUUCAAGCAACAUAUUUCAGAAAGAUGAGGUGGUGUCAGAAUCCAGUGAUCAGAAAUUAGAGACAGCUUGUGAAGUGAUGUGGGAAGAAUUGCUGGAUGAAGAUUUGCUCACAGUGACUGAAGUCGAAGAAGGAGGUCAGGCUGAGAUAGAAGCUGGAAUGGAGGGACUUGGUACAAAGCACUGGGGUGAAGAUGUAGAAGGCUUAGUGGACCAAAUGGUGUUUCUGGGUUCAAAGCCUCAGAGAUGGAAGGGAGGAAAGAGUGUUUGAGAGCUUGGGGCCUUCUGCAACAUUUUUACCGUUUAGAUUGUGAUGUAGGCUGUGAAUAGUUUGAACUACAGUAUGCUGAAGACAACCAAGAGAUCUGCAAGGGUAUCCAUAUCCUAUCCUAAGUCAGCUUGGAGGGUUAUGUAAUAGUCCAGCUGAUGUUUUCUGUAAGUAAAAAUGCAACAAAAUGAGAAAAACAGUGAGCACUGUACUUUUUUCUGUACAGGGACGGGAAAAAAAAAUGUGCUAUUGUUCCUUCAGUCUUGUCAUCUUUCACAUUUGGUAGCAUGAUUUGAGUAAGUGUGACCACUUACUGUUUUUUGCGGAUCCGGAAGUAGGACGAUUACAUAGAGAUGUAACAAUGUAAUGCAUUUGUAUAAUAACUGGAAGGAAAAAUUAUUAUUGUGUUUCUGAUAUCUAGAGGACAAACAUCAUUUUCUUA